AUGGGACACGGAGAGGGCUGCGGGCCGCCGAGGGCGACCCCUAAAUUCGGUUCAGAGGCCACUGGGGGCUCGGAGGCGGCUCUCGCUCCGACGGGGGCGCUGGGGGAUCCUCACCCGCUGGAGCCGCGGCGGGACUGGGGGGCCUGGGCUGACCCCCCGACCGGGGAGAUCGGGGACCUCCUAGUGCCGGCGGCGGGCCUGGGAGGGAGGAUCCCGGGUCCGGAACCGAGCUACCUGGAGGCACCGGGAAGCGCUUCGCUCCGGGAGGGCGUUCCCGCGGCCCGGCCCCGCGCAGGGGAGGGGGGGGGGGUGCGGCCGCGCCCCGGGCCCGGCCCGCCUGGGAUUCGGGGUCUCUCUCGCCCUCGGGGACCCGGGCACCCGGCGGAGCGGGGUCCGGGCGCCGCCGCCUCCGCGGGCGCCGGGACGCGCGGGCGAGCGCGGGGCUUUAUGCGCGCCGGGCGGCGGGGGGAGGAGCCGGCAGGUCGGCCCCCGGCGGCCCUCCCCUCGGCCGUCCCCGCCCGCCCGCCCGAGCGGGGUCGGGGGAGGGGGCAGCAUGGCCUGUCCGUCCGGCCCCCUUCGCCGCGCACCUCAUCUGCCCCGCGCCGAUCGCUGCCGCCGCCGCCGCCGCUCCGCUGCCCGCGCCGCCCGCGGCUCCCGAUGGAGACUGACGCGCCCCAGCCCGGCCUCGCCUCCCCGGACUCGCCGCACGACCCCUGCAAGAUGUUCAUCGGGGGACUCAGCUGGCAGACGACGCAGGAAGGGCUGCGCGAGUACUUCGGCCAGUUCGGGGAGGUGAAGGAGUGCCUGGUGAUGCGGGACCCCCUGACCAAGCGAUCCAGGGGCUUCGGCUUCGUCACCUUCGUGGACCAGGCGGGGGUGGAUAAGGUGCUGGCGCAGUCGCGGCACGAGCUCGACUCCAAAACAAUUGAUCCCAAGGUGGCCUUUCCCCGGAGAGCGCAGCCUAAGAUGGUGACUCGGACGAAGAAGAUCUUUGUCGGGGGGCUGUCAGUGAACACCACGGUGGAGGAUGUGAAGCAGUAUUUUGAGCAGUUCGGGAAGGUGGAUGAUGCUAUGCUGAUGUUUGACAAAACCACCAACCGGCACCGAGGGUUCGGAUUUGUCACAUUUGAGAGUGAAGACAUCGUGGAGAAAGUGUGUGAAAUUCAUUUCCAUGAAAUCAACAACAAAAUGGUGGAAUGUAAGAAAGCUCAGCCAAAAGAGGUGAUGUCGCCGACCGGCUCCGCCCGGGGGAGGUCUCGAGUCAUGCCCUAUGGAAUGGACGCCUUCAUGCUGGGCAUCGGCAUGCUGGGUUACCCCGGUUUCCAAGCCACGACCUACGCCAGCAGGAGUUACACCGGCCUCGCUCCCGGCUACACCUACCAGUUCCCCGAAUUCCGUGUAGAGCGGACCCCUCUCCCGAGCGCCCCAGUCCUCCCCGAGCUCACAGCCAUUCCUCUCACCGCUUACGGACCCAUGGCGGCGGCAGCGGCAGCGGCAGCUGUGGUUCGAGGAACAGGCUCUCACCCCUGGACGAUGGCUCCCCCUCCAGGUUCCACCCCCAGCCGCACAGGGGGCUUCCUGGGCACCACCAGCCCCGGCCCCAUGGCCGAGCUCUAUGGGGCAGCCAACCAGGACUCGGGGGUCAGCAGUUACAUCAGUGCUGCCAGCCCCGCCCCCAGCACCGGCUUCGGCCACAGUCUUGGGGGCCCCUUGAUUGCCACAGCUUUCACCAAUGGGUACCACUGAAGCAGGAGACAGGUGGCCAGAGCGCCCCCCCUGCAGCUGACUGAGGACCAGGAGUGAGCCAGCGAGGGCGCGGGACACCUCAGCCGCAGCCGCCGCCCCCUCCCCGCGACUCGGACGCUACUGCCUGCCCCCCACUCCCGCCCGGCCCCCGGCCCCUGCCCUGCUGCCCCCGGACAGCCUGGCUCCCCUACUAACCCCCUCCUCCGCCCUGGCCCCUCCCCGCCUGCCCGCUUUUAUUUAUUUUGGAUUAGCCGGUCGCCCCCCUCCUCGGCGGCGCCCCAGGACCCAGCAGAGGCUUCUGUCUGCGCAGCUGGAGCGGGCGAGGGCCUGGGGCCGCCGCCACCGGGUUUCUAUUCUCAUGCUCCCUCCUUUGCUCUGCCCACCCCUUUUUUUUUUUAAAGAAACUGUUUUUUAAACUAUUUCUAGGUUUGUGAAUGUGAAGCCCCAGGCCGCAGGGGGCCAAGGGCCAGGCGCCCCCACCAGCUGAGAACAAAAUGCCUGCGUGGUGGGCCGCUGGCCACCUCCCCGGCCGGAGAGGACUAGGCCAGGCCGAGCCCCUGGACCCCUGUCCUGUAUCAUAUGUAAAUACUGUGGGUGCAGCCCCCAGCCCAGACCCCUGGGGUGAGGGCAGCGCCUGCCCACCCAGCAGAGGCCCCUCCUGUCUCUGUCCCCUCCUCAGACACCGUUACUGUAAGCUUGCAGGCCUCCUCUGGCCGAGGCAGGCCCGUUCUCUCAGGCCCUAGGGGUCAAGGCCUUGGGCCUGCUCACCCCGAAAACCCAGUGUGGGGGCGCGGGAAGGGAAGGGCUCGCCCGGAGUCACUGCUGGAAAGAAGUUAGCUCUCCAAAGGCCUCCCCUGCCCCUCUCGGUCGGCCUCAUGGUUUCUGCUCUGAGCCCCCCGAGUGGGCACCAGGGGCACUGGGAAGGGGCGGGCCCAGGGGAAAGCCGCGGGCCUCUCAGGAACCCCACAUUCUCACUGAAGUGUCUCACCAGGAUGGCCCGUGGCCAGAGCCCCCUCCAGAGGAAAGAGGCCCAGGGCCUGACUUGAGGAGCAGGCUGGGGUGGCCGAGCCCAGGCCCCCGCGCCCCUCUGUCCGUCCCCCAGGCCUGAGGCUGGGACCUGCGCCCCCUCCUCCUCAGUCCUCACCUUAGACCCCUUUGGAGAGUUAAUGUCUGUGUGAGGUGCUUAACCUAUUAGCCCCGAGAACACAAAGCAAUAAUCUUUGUUACUGAGAUGCGCGGCUGUUCGUGGUUUUUUUUUUAAAUGUUUCCUAAUAAAAGAGAAGCUGCAAUUUAUUGUUUUUUAUUUUUAAUUUUCUACACAUUCGAGCUGAGUCAUGAGAGACUUCGCUCUCCCCUCCUCCCUUCCUGUGACGCCCACCCCCACCCCUCUCGGCCCAUCCACGGGCCCAGGGCCCUGGAACUCCGUUUUCUGAUUUGUUUGGGGAAUUUUUCUUAAAAGAUGUUACAUGGUGUUUUGAAGCCAGCAAGUUACCACCCUCCGGUGUCUCUUCUCUCCACAUCUGUAACUUCUUUUUCCAGGAUUUAUUUCCAGUUUUAAAUUCCUAAUAAAUUAUUUGAAAACGGU